AAAAAACAAAAUUUAUAGUCAUCUUUUAAAUGGAUUCUUCAAUUAGUAAUAUUAUGGUUGAUAGUGAGGAUAAUGAUACUUUGUGUAUAAAAUAUGCGGAACUACUUAAUUAAACCCCUAAAACCAAAGACUAUAUUAGAUUGAAAAAUCAAUCAUAGAAAGUUCAUAAAUAGUUAAGUUAUGUUGGUUCUUAGUCUAAAACUAAGGAAUGGACUUAGACUUUAUUACAUAUAAGCACUAUGAUUAGUAAAGAAGCAUAUGUCAGAUCACUGAAUUCUAUGGAAGCAUUUUAUGAAAAAUAAGAAAAAGACUCUACCUUUAAUUAAACCAAGAGUCUUUCACCAGUUAAACAUUAAUCUGAAGAAAUAACAGACUAUACUUUCAAUUUGUAGAAUGGUUUAAAGAAAGUGAGAUUUAGAUUAAAUUCAGAUUAUUAAGUAUGACUUCUUUAUUGUGUG